CACAAGAAUCAAGUAUUUGUUGAAACGAUGCGAUUGUGGGCUCUGAAACAUCAAAUCACGCAUGCCGCUAUUAAUGAUUUCUUAGAAGCAAUACUAAAAACAACUGAUUUUUAUGUUCCUAAAGAUUCCAGGACAUUUCUGAAGACUCCUGUAGGCGUGGGAAAAGAAAUUGAAAAUUUGGCUGGUGGACAAAUGUGGUACAAAGGAAUAGAUAAAUCUCUGCAAGAACAGUUUCGCACUACUCCGCCUCCUGUAGAUUCAUUUGAAUUGAAUAUUUCUAUGGAUGGUAUUCCUCUGCAUAAUAGCGGAACUACCCAGUUCUGGCCCAUUUUGAUGCAGCUGCAUGGUAUUCCCGAUGUUCCAAUAAUGACUAUUGGAAUAUUUUGUGGAACUUCUAAACCGGAUAAUGCAGAGGAUUAUCUGCGCCGUCUGGUAACAGAAAUAAAUGAUGUCCAGGACAACGGAGUAGUUAUAAAUGGAAAACGUAUUUCCAUCUCACUAAGAGCGAUACUUGCAGACGCCCCUGCUAGAGCGUUCAUCAAAUGUGUCAAAAACCACAAUGGCAUACAAGGAUGCCAUAAAUGCAAAAUUUUGGGUAGAAGCUACAUGGGAAGGAUGAUCUUCGAGGGAACAGCAGAAGCACGAACGAACGAAGAAUUUAGAAAUGGAGAUUACUCCAUAGGACAUCAGAUACGCCCAUCGCCGUUGUUAGAUAUUAAACACUUAAACAUAGUAUUAAGACUACCUACUUCGGACGAUUUACAUUUAGUAUAUUAUGGAGUGUUGAGGAAAUUAGUGAUAGGUUUUACGACAGGAUGUUUUAUAAACGAGAAAUGGAAUUUAGAUGAGCAGGAUGAAAUUUCAGGGCUUCUAGUUCAAAUUAAAUUACCAGCAGAAUUUCAGAGAGCAGUAAGGUCCCUUAAAUGUUUAAAAUUUUGGAAGGCGUCCGAAUACCGAACGUUCCUACAUCACAUCAGCGUUCCUCUUCUAAAAGGCAGAAUAAGUGACAGGGCAUAUCACCAUUUUAAACUGUUGGUUGUAGGUAUUACAAUGUUUUCCUCUAAAAUUUAUCAAGACUAUUGGAAGUACGCAGGGUCAUUAUUAGAUCAAUUUGUUUCAGAAUUUAGUUCAAUUUACGACCGUAAGUUUAUGACUUAUAAUGUUCAUACUCUAUUGCAUGUACAAGAAGAUGUAGAAAAUAUCGGACCCCUUCCAACAAUUUCAACGUUCCCAGCCGAAAACAAAUAUCAGCAAAUUAAAAGAUUUGUCAGGACAGGGAAUAAUUGCUUGAGCCAAGUCGUAGGUAGGAUAGGCGAACUUAGUAGAAUUGAAACAAGUACACAGAAAACAAAAUUAACUUAUCCAUAUAUAAAAUUAAGACAGGAAGAGGCAAUUUUACACGUGAGGUCAGAUUUUGUUUUAAGACAGGGAAAUAGAAACGCAUGGUUUUUAACAAGAAAUAAUGAAAUAGUUCGAUACAUCAGGGCAACCGAAUUAUCAGGAACGUUCGUUAUUGAGGGGCACCAGAUUUUAAGGAAAAGGGCAGCUUUCACGUAUCCAUGUAGUUCAGAAGUAAUAUUUAAUUACAUAGCUAGCGUAGAUGAUUUAUCAUCUGAAAUAGUUUGGAUAAAUGUUAGGGAUGUUAAAUGUAAGUUUGUAGCGAUAUCGUUAGAUGGAGGAGUAUCUUUUCAUUUUAGUCCUUUAACGCACACGUUUCAAGAGUAGCGAGCUAGUUAGAUAGUGCAAUAGAAAUAGGCAAAGAGGAGCUUUUUUCAAUAUUUAAAAUUUUGUUUGUAUUAUUUUUCUUUUUCAGCU